AUGGGUGAUUUUUGCCUCGUGCCUCUUGACGACAAGAUCUCUGUCCUAGAGAAUUCCAUAGGAGUUCUUGAGGACAUCCACGAUGCCCUUCAAGUCAAACGAGAUACAAUCAACUGCCUCAUCUGCGAUUUGGCGGACCUCGAUGGCAAGACGCACCGCCUUAUGAUGCAGAUUCAGCUGAUGGUUUUGUCGCUCAAAAAAGAGCUCCCAUCCGACACACCUACAACACCAACCGUACCGAUUGCACCGUGGAAUGUUCAUAUCAUGGCAGAGGGAGGCCGGGCUCUGACUUCUAACGAAGCAGUCUAA